AUGAAAUUUCUGGACGAGCUUGGAUUAGCAGAUAAAAUCAUAUUCAUUAUUUUCGCCAUUUGUACAAUUGUUGGCAACACUUUGGUUUUGGUAGCAACCUGGAGAGAAGCAAGUCUUCAUCAACCAAAUAAAUAUUUUAUUGCUUCUCUUGCUGUCGCUGAUCUUUUGGUUGGUAUGAUUUUAGACCCAGUAAGGGUGUAUUACACUAAAUACGAUUAUGAAUCGCAACAUACCCUGUCUUUUUAUCCAUGUCGUUUUGUGGCGUGGAUAGAUGCCUUUGCGUUAGCAGCAUCUAUUUGUACACUGACAUUCAUCAGUUUUGACCGAUAUCUCAAGAUCAGAAAGCCACUUCAAUAUAGAUUCAGAAUGACAACUUCCAAAUCAUUGAAAAUUAUCUUUAUCAUUUGGUUCAUUUCAGCUGCCUUUGCAACCUACGCCGCCAUUCCUGAUUCAGGAAACAACAAUGAACUGCCCUGCGGAACCUUCGAUCUUGAUGAAAUGAAAAGAUACUAUACUUUACUAGCAAUAAGUGCAUUUUUUCUACCUACCGCAGUGAUGCUGGUUAUGUACACUCUCAUUUUUGUUGUUGUUCAUAAACGACAAAAGAUGAUGAGAAAUGGCGAACUGGGUCAAACUUGCAAUGAUCGGAACCAACGAAGUGCCUUUCUUCAAGAUCUAAAGGCUAUUCGAAUGUUAUUGGUCGUCGUGGGAGUGUUUAUACUUUGUUGGGGUCCUUAUUGUAUUUUUGUAUUGCUUGUGUGCUACAAUCCAAAUCAUUUGAUUGAACCGCAUAGCGACUUGCGUCGGUUAUACAUAGCUGAUGUGGUACUAAACAAACUUCCUUAUUUUAACAGUCUAUGCAAUCCUAUAGUUUAUGCCUGUAUGGACCAAACGUACAGAGCGGCUUUCAAAAAUCUGUUUCAGCGAAUGUGUCGAUCAAGCUCAAGAAGACGACAACCGCCUGAAGCAAUAGAGUUACCUCCACUGAGAAGAAGAUAA